AUGGCGUCCUGCCUCAUGGUUGGGUUGACCCUGGCACUCCUGGGCCCGGGCUUGGCUUCUGGCGCCGAGAGCUGCAGCUCCACAGCGGGGUCGCUGAUGCUGCAAGCCAGGCGAGGUCUCCACAAACACGCGGUGAGCGAGGUGGUGACGGCGUCCAUGGGCCUUUGGACCGACGAUGCCUCGGCUUUCCAAGGUGGCUCCUGCGAAUACGCCAGCGCAUCGCAAGGUGGUCUUGAGUCGCCGUCGGCCACAAGCAAAUACCUGGAAUCCCGGGCUGUUUGCCUGGCCAACCCUGCGAUCUACGGCGGCGGAGUCGCCUGUGGCUCCUGCUGGAAGGCUGAGCGAGAGGGUCAGGGCAGCAUGGUGGUGCAGAUCAUCGGGUCUCAUGGAGGCUCCAACAACUUGGACUGCUUCUCCGACGCCUUCCGCACCAUCGCCGGUGCGGACGCCGGCACUUUCGAGGUCCGCCUUGAGCCCGUCGAGUGUGAGGUGAAUGGCGCAGGGCCAGUGGCGACCAUCGUGGAUGGGGACAACGCCUGGUACACACGAGCCAUCUUCUCCAACUUGCCUCAUGCCGUCCUGGCUGCCUGGAUAUCCGUGGAUGGGAAAGCGACGGAGAUGCGUCGUGUAUCGGGAGCGACUUGGGAGGCCAACCUCGGAGGUGGUGGCUCUGUUGUUGGUUUCAAGGUGAGCCUGGAGGGCGGAACGGAAAUGGCCUUCCGCGACUGCUUCAGCUCGUGGCCUGUGGCGAAAGGAAGGGACGACUGCCGCGAUGCCGGCUGCUGUCAGCAAGCCGGGCAGACCUGCUACGAGAAGGAUGCCUUCUUUGCGGCCUGCCGCAGCAGUUGCGUGCCCGGCAGCGUGAACCCCAGGGACCCGCCAGCGUUCCGAACGCCUUGGACAUGCGAGAUUGUCGGCAACACCAACCCAAGCCCAACUCCAGCUCCAACUCCGUCGCCAUCCCCGGUGCGGCCCGUGCCUUCUCCUGGCCCGGGACCCUCGGGUGCCUUCCGCACUUCAGAAGUCGGCUCCAGCAAGGACCGCCUCUUCGAGUUUGUUCGGGUGCUGACCAAUCAGCCCGUUUCAGGCUCCAAGGCUCGCGCAGUGCAAUCUUCUGGCGGAGCAGCUGGGGGCAUCGUGUCCGAGAGUCAGGGCUAUGGCCUCCUCCUUGCAGGGACGCUGCUGGCUGCCAUGGACUCUGAUUCGGAUUUUGGCCGCGUCUCCGAGCUUACCUACGAGCUUUUCCUCGGAUGGCGCCGCAUGUGCGAGCUGAGCGCAGCGGGCGGCAGCUGUCAGGACGAUGAGGGUUUCCAGUGUGGCGGUGGCCAAUACCCGUGCCUCCCACAUUGGAAGUUCGGCGAGGAUUUGACCCAGGUCGUCGGAAAGGGAGCUGCGCCAGAUGGGGACGUCGACGCCUUGUUGGGCAUGUUGUUGGCUGUGUUGGCUCUGGAAGGCACAAGCCGCGAGCCGGCCUGGCUCGGCGAGGUGGGCCAGUGGGCCUACGACACCUGCAAGCAGUUUUAUCUCAGCUCCACCGUGGCCUCCCCAAGUGGCCAGCACCAGAUCGUGAAGUUGGGCUCCUGCUGGGGCGGCUGGGGAACGCAAGGGCAGAACCCCAGCUACCACGCGCCCGGUGUCUACCGGCUCUGCCGGGACUACAUGGCCUCUCACGAUGAGAAAUACGGCGGGUCCUCCACGGAGGGCGAUGGCUUUGCAAGAGAUUGGGAGACGCUCAUCGCCACGAGCUACAAGAUGCUUGCGGCCACGCAGUGCCCUUCGACGGGAUUGGUCCCGAACUGGGCUCAGAUCUUCGAAGAUGGACGUCGACUCCGGGCUCAGACGGGCUUCAGCGGCAGCGGCACGCCGGGUGCGGAGUUCGGCGCCGAGGCGUCGCGGACCAUCUGGCGAGUGGUGGUGGACUUCCUGCUGUAUCCUUCCGAGGCGCGCCCAGCCGCAGACUUCCUGAGUCCGGUUGCGAAGCACUUGGGGAAGAAGGAGAACUCUGGGCGAUGGGCGUCUUCCCUGGAUGUGGAUGGCGCUUGCCUGGUGGAGACCAUCCACCCAGGAUGGCAGGUUAACAUGUUCAUGGCGGCGCCCACCUUCGCCAGCCUUGUCUGCCCAGCGGAGCUCGAGGGCGGCAGACAGCAGGAGCUUCUGGACUCGGCCGGCAGGCUCUUGGCCAGCAAGCGCAUCCGGGACUACUACUCCGGCAGCUGGGUGGCCAUCAGCACCAUGACUCUCAACGGCGACCUGGCCAAAGCAGCCGCCAAUGCUAAGAUCGGGUCGGCAGCACGCUCCGCCUCGGAAGAUGCGAAGACGCGAAGGCUGCAAGCCUGCCGAGAUGUUGGAGUGCAAAGAGCCCCGCUCACCGAGAUCACCGGACCUUUCUGCCCGACCGAAGUUUUUACGAAAGACGAAAGCGAAAGGCCUUCGGAUUUCGGGGUCAGCGGGGCCAGGCCUUACAGAAGCCCGCCGGCACUGGACCUGGCAAUUGCCAUCCAGGUGCCGCAGCGCGUGCGUGCGCCUUUUGCGGCCGGAACGGUCGAACCUUCGGGCAACGUGCAUGGAAAAUCUUGGUCUCUGCGGUUGCAGUGCAGCCAGUGGUUGCAUGCAGAUGCUGCCACUGCUUGGCCCGAUGAGGCUGGUCGCCGAAGGAGUGCAGCGUACCACGCCGAGCCUGUCGUUGUAGACAUCGCCACAGUGCAACCGCGAGUCAUCCCAGGUGUGCGGAUCUUUGCAUGCUGGGAAAUGUCUGAGGCCGACCGCAUCAUCACCGCGACCAAGGCGCGCAACUCAGCGACGCGGCGACGGCUCGAGCAAUUGGUCGAAAUUCCUAGCUGCAGCUUCAAUCGCACAACAUCUCUUGCCAUGGCGUCCUGCCUCAUGGUUGGGUUGACCCUGGCACUCCUGGGCCCGGGCUUGGCUUCUGGCGCCGAGAGCUGCAGCUCCACAGCGGGGUCGCUGAUGCUGCAAGCCAGGCGAGGUCUCCACAAACACGCGGUGAGCGAGGUGGUGACGGCGUCCAUGGGCCUUUGGACCGACGAUGCCUCGGCUUUCCAAGGUGGCUCCUGCGAAUACGCCAGCGCAUCGCAAGGUGGUCUUGAGUCGCCGUCGGCCACAAGCAAAUACCUGGAAUCCCGGGCUGUUUGCCUGGCCAACCCUGCGAUCUACGGCGGCGGAGUCGCCUGUGGCUCCUGCUGGAAGGCUGAGCGAGAGGGUCAGGGCAGCAUGGUGGUGCAGAUCAUCGGGUCUCAUGGAGGCUCCAACAACUUGGACUGCUUCUCCGACGCCUUCCGCACCAUCGCCGGUGCGGACGGCGGCACUUUCGAGGUCCGCCUUGAGCCCGUCGAGUGUGAGGUGAAUGGCGCAGGGCCAGUGGCGACCAUCGUGGAUGGGGACAACGCCUGGUACACACGAGCCAUCUUCUCCAACUUGCCUCAUGCCGUCCUGGCUGCCUGGAUAUCCGUGGAUGGGAAAGCGACGGAGAUGCGUCGUGUAUCGGGAGCGACUUGGGAGGCCAACCUCGGAGGUGGUGGCUCUGUUGUUGGUUUCAAGGUGAGCCUGGAGGGCGGAACGGAAAUGGCCUUCCGCGACUGCUUCAGCUCGUGGCCUGUGGCGAAAGGAAGGGACGACUGCCGCGAUGCCGGCUGCUGUCAGCAAGCCGGGCAGACCUGCUAUGAGAAGGAUGCCUUCUUUGCGGCCUGCCGCAGCAGUUGCGUGCCCGGCAGCGUGAACCCCAGGGACCCGGAAGAGUUCCGAACGCCCUGGACAUGCGAGAUUGUCGGACCCUCGGGUGCCUUCCGCACUUCAGAAGUCGGCUCCAGCAAGGACCGCCUCUUCGAGUUUGUUCGGGUGCUGACCAAUCAGCCCGUUUCAGGCUCCAAGGCUCGCGCAGUGCAAUCUUCUGGCGGAGCAGCUGGGGGCAUCGUGUCCGAGAGUCAGGGCUAUGGCCUCCUCCUUGCAGGGACGCUGCUGGCUGCCAUGGACUCUGAUUCGGAUUUUGGCCGCGUCUCCGAGCUUACCUACGAGCUUUUCCUCGGAUGGCGCCGCAUGUGCGAGCUGAGCGCAGCGGGCGGCAGCUGUCAGGACGAUGAGGGUUUCCAGUGUGGCGGUGGCCAAUACCCGUGCCUCCCACAUUGGAAGUUCGGCGAGGAUUUGACCCAGGUCGUCGGAAAGGGAGCUGCGCCAGAUGGGGACGUCGACGCCUUGUUGGGCAUGUUGUUGGCUGUGUUGGCUCUGGAAGGCACAAGCCGCGAGCCGGCCUGGCUCGGCGAGGUGGGCCAGUGGGCCUACGACACCUGCAAGCAGUUUUAUCUCAGCUCCACCGUGGCCUCCCCAAGUGGCCAGCACCAGAUCGUGAAGUUGGGCUCCUGCUGGGGCGGCUGGGGAACGCAAGGGCAGAACCCCAGCUACCACGCGCCCGGUGUCUACCGGCUCUGCCGGGACUACAUGGCCUCUCACGAUGAGAAAUACGGCGGGUCCUCCACGGAGGGCGAUGGCUUUGCAAGAGAUUGGGAGACGCUCAUCGCCACGAGCUACAAGAUGCUUGCGGCCACGCAGUGCCCUUCGACGGGAUUGGUCCCGAACUGGGCUCAGAUCUUCGAAGAUGGACGCCGACUCCGGGCUCAGACGGGCUUCAGCGGCAGCGGCACGCCGGGUGCGGAGUUCGGCGCCGAGGCGUCGCGGACCAUCUGGCGAGUGGUGGUGGACUUCCUGCUGUAUCCUUCCGAGGCGCGCCCAGCCGCCGACUUCCUGAGUCCGGUUGCCAAGCACUUGGGGAAGAAGGAGAACUCUGGGCGAUGGGCGUCUUCCCUGGAUGUGGAUGGCGCUUGCCUGGUGGAGACCAUCCACCCAGGAUGGCAGGUUAACAUGUUCAUGGCGGCGCCCACCUUCGCCAGCCUUGUCUGCCCAGCGGAGCUCGAGGGCGGCAGACAGCAGGAGCUUCUGGACUCGGCCGGCAGGCUCUUGGCCAGCAAGCGCAUCCGGGACUACUACUCCGGCAGCUGGGUGGCCAUCAGCACCAUGACUCUCAACGGCGACCUGGCCAAAGCAGCCGCCAAUGCUAAGAUCGGGUCGGCAGCACGCUCCGCCUCGGAAGAUGCGAAGACGCGAAGGCUGCAAGCCUGCCGAGAUGUUGGAGUGCAAAGAGCCCCGCUCACCGAGAUCACCGGACCUUUCUGCCCGACCGAAGUUUUUACGAAAGACGAAAGCGAAAGGCCUUCGGAUUUCGGGGUCAGCGGGGCCAGGCCUUACAGAAGCCCGCCGGCACUGGACCUGGCAAUUGCCAUCCAGGUGCCGCAGCGCGUGCGUGCGCCUUUUGCGGCCGGAACGGUCGAACCUUCGGGCAACGUGCAUGGAAAAUCUUGGUCUCUGCGGUUGCAGUGCAGCCAGUGGUUGCAUGCAGAUGCUGCCACUGCUUGGCCCGAUGAGGCUGGUCGCCGAAGGAGUGCAGCGUACCACGCCGAGCCUGUCGUUGUAGACAUCGCCACAGUGCAACCGCGAGUCAUCCCAGGUGUGCGGAUCUUUGCAUGCUGGGAAAUGUCUGAGGCCGACCGCAUCAUCACCGCGACCAAGGAGCAGUUGCCAUCUCAGCUGUUCACCUUGUGCGCCGUGCCCGUGCGGGCACAGUUGCCGAUGGACAUGGCUUAA